AUGCUGGAGCACAUGUCGGUUCAGAAUAUCACUAUCCGAUUGAUCAGCGGGCCGACAUCGACGGCCAAGACGCCAAGCGACCAGCGGGUCUUACCUCCUGGCAAAGCUUCGCCCACAGAUGAAGCAUUUAUGCCGGCGGGAGUUUGUAUGUACGACGAGAUGGCGAUUGAGAUGCUCUUUGCGCAGAAAGGAUUUGCCACACCCUUCGAGAUACAGAAACAGUUUAUCUGUAACCCUGAGCACCCAGACACCGAUUUCAAUCCCGUGGGCCGGACUGAUGGCCUUAUCGUGCUCGCUACGGGUGAGAAUGCACUGUCGCAGACACUCGAGACAUCUUUGGUGGAGAGCGGUCUGAUGAAGUCGGCUAUUGCCUUAGGUGGUCGCCAAUUUGAGAUUGGAGUUACUGUGGAGGCUAUCGCCCCCAUUAACCCCCUUGAGAAUCAUAACCUCGUGAGAGAAGCCGUGUGGCCAGUUGUUGUGCAAGCUGGAAAUAAGAUGGAAAACCUUGCCAAGGUCUCUUCGUCAGAUGCCAUCAUCGUGGUACCUUCCGGUACUGUCGCUCCUCACACGGAUACUGUAAGGGGUCAAUUGCCCGCAGGGAGUGAGCAGAAGCCCUCGAUCGCUUACCUCCUCAAGAAUACCGUGCGACAAUCCUGGAGUGACAUUUUGAUCACACUGGGCUCCCAGCUGGAAAUUUGCCAGUUUCUAUCAUUCGAGGACUGGUUAUAUCUGGUACUUAAGUCGGACCCCAAGUGUGGACCUGGACAGAACCCUGUCCUUCAACUGGAGGAGUUCUUCCGCGAGGACUUCAGGCGCAUAGCCUGCGGCUUGGUCAUCAUGGCUACCGAUGAGGCUAGAAAGCGAUCGGGGACUUUGCGAAUGGUCGAUGCGGUCUUUGACGAUGUCGUCGCUUCAUAUUUCCAGCACUGGCGCACAUCAGGCUGCCUUUUAAAACAUGAUUUGAUUUUGUUGAUAUAUUAG